AACCAGGAAGAAGAAGAGGAAGAAAAAGAAGAAGAGGAGGAACACGAAGAAGAAUCUUCUUCACUCUCCUCCCAAUUUUUUAUUUAUUUUUUGCUAGCUAGCACGUUGGAGUCGGCUAAAUAGCGCGACCGGCUUUUUAAAGUCGUGCUGUAAUCAAUACUACAAAUGGUUUGAGCCCUGUAAUCUAGCGAACGUUUUUCGAAAAGUGACCAAGAUGAAUAUACGAAACGCCAGACCAGACGACCUUAUGAAUAUGCAGCACUGUAACCUUCUGUGUCUGCCAGAAAACUACCAAAUGAAAUAUUAUUUCUACCAUGGAUUGUCUUGGCCCCAGCUCUCAUACAUUGCAGAGGAUGAAAAUGGCAAAAUUGUGGGUUACGUGCUGGCAAAGAUGGAGGAGGACCCAGAUGAUGUUCCCCAUGGACACAUCACAUCUCUGGCGGUGAAGCGCUCCCAUCGACGUCUGGGUCUGGCGCAGAAGCUGAUGGACCAGGCUAGCCGCGCCAUGAUUGAGAACUUCAACGCCAAAUAUGUCUCUCUUCACGUGCGCAAAAGCAACCGGGCAGCCCUACAUCUGUACUCCAACACACUCAAGUUCCAGAUCAGUGAAGUGGAACCAAAGUACUAUGCAGAUGGAGAGGAUGCCUAUGCCAUGAAGAGAGACUUGGCCCACAUGGCUGAUGAGCUCAGAAAGCCUGGCCCCCGCACUCCGGGUCAGGAGGCGCCGUCCGCUUCCGGCGACCCGGACAGAGAAAAUGAGCGAGACAGCGGCGGCGAGAGCAAAGAGCUGAGUGAAAUCAGCGAGGCCACCGAGAGCACAGAUGUUAAAGAUUCUUCUUCGGACUCGCAGUGACGGUCGUCGGACAACCAGCUCACAAUCAUGAUGUGAUGAACGUUGAAAAGCCCGUUUUGUUUCUCCCCCUUUUUAUUCUGACUUUGCUAUACACUGUGCUCGCCCUGUGUAACAUGCUAAUAAAUGUGAUGCAAUUGUCCGCUAGUCAUACAGUUGGCGGGCAGCACUAACGCAAUCAUAAUAAAGUGAAACACUGACUGUUGCAACAGGUUCCUUUGAAAACUUGACUGAU